GGGAACGGACCCCCUCUGGUUGCAGGUGCCUUCUGCAUUCCCUUGUACGUGCCCUAUGUGCUGACGGGGAGAUGGAUCUUCGGGAGAAGCCUCUGCAAACUCUGGCUGGUAGUUGAUUACCUGCUCUGCACCUCUUCUGUCUUCAACAUCGUAUUGAUUAGCUAUGACAGAUUCCUCUCGGUGACAAGAGCGGUCGCCUACAGAGCCCAGCAAGGCAACACCAAGCGAGCAGUGCUGAAGAUGGUGAUGGUAUGGGUAUUAGCGUUCCUGCUUUAUGGACCUGCCAUUAUCAGCUGGGAGUAUAUCUCAGGCCAGAGUAUCAUACCCACUGGGGAAUGCUAUGCUGAAUUUUUCUACAACUGGUAUUUUCUCAUGACAGCCUCUACACUGGAGUUUUUCACCCCUUUCAUCAGUGUAAUGUUUUUCAACCUGAGCAUUUACCUGAACAUACAGAAGCGUACCAAAAUACGCCUGGAUGUUUUCCAUGAAGCGCACAACCAGUCCUUCACUGAAGAGAUGGAAAUGAGCCCAGAAGCAAAGCUUUCUUUGAAAUGCUGUAAGUGGGAGCAGAAGGAGCCAGCUGAAACCCUCGACCUCUCUGAGAGCAAAGCUGAAGCAGCAGCCUCCACUGCCAGCCUGGGUGCCAAAGACCUGCUGUCAACAAGCUCGAAGAGCUCCGGGAAACCCAAGUGUUGCGACAAAAAGAGAUGCAAAAAUUCAGCAUCCACUCCGUCCCUAGAGAAACGGAUGAAGAUAGUGUCCCAGAGCAUGACUCAACGCUUCAGGCUCUCUAGGGACAAGAAAGUGGCUAAAUCACUGGCAAUCAUCGUGGGCAUUUUUGGGAUUUGCUGGGCACCAUAUACUCUCCUGAUGAUCAUCCGCGCUGGCUGCCAUGGCCACUGCAUCUCUGACUACUGGUACGAGACUUCCUUUUGGCUGCUGUGGAUCAACUCGGCCAUCAACCCCGUCCUCUACCCUCUCUGCCACUACAGCUUCAGAAGAGCUUUUAUUAAACUCCUCUGUCCCAAGAAGCUAAAGAUUCAACCUCACGAUCCCCUUCAGAACUGCUGGAAGUGA